AUGCAGUUAAAUUUAUUUAUAUGCUUCCCUGAUUUGGACGAUGCAGAGUUUGCCUCCGAAAUUAUCAUGAUGCUGCACUUCUUCCCACACUACAGCUCUCCCUUUGUGCCCAGCCAUUACAUUUUCCUCCUGGAUCGAUGCGCCGCGCUAAGCCAAGUGAAACAAAUCCAAGCUCCUCUCGUCACUUUAGGCCUGCACACCAACCCCUUCCUCGUGGGCAAGCUCGUCGAGAUCCUCGCCAUUAAACUCCCACUCCAGCUCCACCUUCCACACUGCCUUCCCCAUGCCUUGCUCCUCUUCUCCCACUCCCACCAGACGCCCAACCUCUUCACCUGGAACACUCUCAUCAGGGCCCUCUCGCUCGGCCCCCAGCCUCUGCAUGCCCUCCACCUGUUCGCGCAGAUGCUCCGAACCCCGCCACUGCGCCCCGACGGUUAUAGCUACGCUUAUGCGCUCAAGGCGUGCGCUCGCUUGCGGGCGCGCGAGGCCGCGAGAGCCGUCCACGGCCUCAUGGUGGUCGCCGGAUCAGAUCUGUCCGGCGGCCACGCCACCAACUCGUUGAUGCACGCCUACGCUUCGUGCGGAGAGGUGGGAUGCGCCGGGAAGCUGUUCGACGCGGUUCCUGCGAAGGAGGACGUCAUUGCAUGGAAUGUUAUGCUGAGUUGCUUCGCUCAAAACGGUCUCCCGGUUGAAGCUAUGCAGCUGUCACGCGAGAUGUGGUCCGCCUGCGUUGCGCCGACCGACGUCACCAUGAUCAGUGUCCUCUCUGCCUGCUCUCAGGUCAAGGAAGUGGGUUUGGGAAGGCAAAUUCAUGGUCGCGUUUGCAAAAGAACGCUGCAAUUUGAAAAACUGGUCAAUCUGGGUACGGCCCUUAUCGACAUGUAUGCGAAAUGUGGUUGCCUGCUACAGGCGAAGCAGGUGUUCGACGAAAUGCGAGUAAGAGACGUCGGCGUGUGGAAUGCUCUUUUAGGCGCGUAUGUCCACAACGGCUUCUUCACGCAGGGCUUGCAGGUGUUCGAUGAAUUGCAGAGAGCCGGGCUCACCCCCGACGGACCGACGUUGGUCACUACCUUGACUGCCUGCGGUCACGCCGGCAUGCUCGACGCUGGGAAAAACAUCCACGCCUACUUGGAAGAAAGAUUUCCCUAUUUCGAUGCGGUACUGGGCACGUCAUUGAUUGAAAUGUACUCCAAAUGCGGCUGCACGGAGGGGGCACGCCAAGUGUUCGACAAAAUGCCGAAAAGAGAUGUCAUGGCGUGGAGCGCGAUGAUCAGGUCCCUUGCAGUUCACGGGCACAGCAGAGAGACCCUUGAAUUGUUCCACCUCAUGCAGCGCUCUGGUGUGCGGCCUGACGCUGUUACAUUUGUGGCGGUUCUGAAUGCCUGUAGCCACGCCGGGUUGGUGGAAGACGGAUUGAGCUACUUCAGAUCCAUGCAGAGGGAGUUCGGAAUUUCUCCCAGAGUGGAGCAUUACGGUUGCUUGAUCGACCUUCUGAGCAGGGCGGGGAAGGUGAGGGAAGCUUUGGAGUUGGUGAGGUCGAUGGAGGGCAGAGCGAAUGAGAUUGUUUGGAGGAGUCUUCUGAGUGCUUGCAGGGUGGAAUUAGACGUGGAAGUGGCUGAGAUUGCAGUGGCAGGCUUGAGGAAGUUACGGUCGGAGCACUGUGGAGAUUAUGUACUUUUGUCCAACAUAUACGCUGGAAAAGGAAUGUGGAAUGAAGCAAUUAGAGUGAGGAAGGAGAUGAAGGAGGGAUCUGUAAGGAAGAUCCCUGCAUUUAGUUUGAUUAACUCAGGCGAUCAUGCUUGUGCAUGA